AUGCAACCCGUUUUGACUAAUGACGAUGACACCUCGCAAAACUUAAAGCAACAAGUACAACAAAGCAACGGGAAUUACACUUUAAAAUCGGAAACGAAUGGAAUACAAACACUUAAACCUGAAGAAAAACUCCACAGCCAAAACAUUAACGGCACAUCAGUGAAUGGACAAUUAAAAGAAAAAGAAAAAGCGACAGUGGAAGAAGGAAAGAACAAUGAUGAAAAAGAAACAGAAAAGAUAGCUUUACCUGUAGAGAUGGCAUGCAUGGUACCUUUGAGAGUUAUGCUUGGAAAACUUGUUCAUAAAGCACAUUCCGAUCUGAUGACUCUUGUGGAUACUUUACCUUCCAUGUCUGAAGUGGAAAAGAAACGGCAGAUUUUGAAUUAUACAACGUUUAUUCGAAAGCAGUUCGCUAAAGUGUUAGCGCUAGUAAAAUGGGCAGAGAAUGCGAACGAUAUACAAAUGUGUCAAAAUAUCAUGGCAUUCUUAGCAAAUCAGAACAAAAUUUUCCAAGAUACCGUGGACUAUUUACAUAAGAUUCAGUCAGAUCUACCUGCAGCAAGAUUAAGAAAUUUUGAUAUACCAACUGCUGUAGACGUAUUGACAACUGGUACUUACCAGCGCAUGCCCACUAAGAUUCAAGAUAUGCUGGCCCCUCCUCCUUUGACCGAUGAAGAGGUUUUAGAGACAUUCCAGAAUAUGAACGACGUAAUUCGUAUGCGUAUGAUUACAACCGAAGUUCUUCCGUCGCCUCUAUUGAACACAUACCGAAUUGAAAAUGGUCGAAUCACCUUUAAAAUUGAGAAUGAGUUUGAGGUUGCACUAACACUCAUGGGCCCUCCUCAGAACAGACGAUGGUGGAUCGUAUCCUUGGACAUGUUUGUUCAGGCAACAUCUAUGGGAGGAGGAGCAGCGGAAGACGUCGACUUUUCAUUAAGUGACGUGCAAAAACAGCAUUUGCGAAUGAACGCUCAGAAGCAAUUGGUCCCUCCAAUACCUGCAACAUCAUCACAGCAACCACAGCAGACCCAAACGGAUACAGUGUCAAAUAUUGUCCAAUCUUCAACGGAUGGCGAGGAAAAAAGCCAACAGCAGCAACAAGAUCAGCUAGAUGAGCAGCAGCCGCGUCUUUUCUUUCCUCUUGUUCACUUGUACGACUAUUUACAUCUCUGCUGUUUGAACCUGCAAUUAGAAAUCCUAUACAUUCAGUCUGCAUUACUAGCAAAAACGCGAUGGGUCAAUCAAUUGCAGGUACAAAUGAGCCCCGAUCGAACAAAGCUGUCAUUGAUUUAUUGGCGUGGAGGCUCGCCUGCGUCUCAAUGGGCACGACCUCAACCCUUUUUUACAAAUAAAAGUACAGUCAUUGAGAUACUUUUGCAAGAACAGCAAGAAUUUACAAACUCGAUAACCAAUGCUGCUAGUAGCGUUAAGACCGCUAUUCCAAAUUUGAAUAAUCAACAACAACGACAAGCAUCAGCCGGAGCUUCAGCAGCUACGAUAAUGAAAGCCGUACGCGAUGAAUACAAAGGCAUGAUACAGAAAGCUGGUAUUGGUGCCUCAAUUGCACUAGAUAAAAUCAUUGAUCAAAACGAACGUGUGAAAGUAUUAAAUAUGCUAAAAUACCCCAAAGACACAUUACAAGCAUUAUGGAAUGAUUGCCCUGAUCUCUUUACAGAUGAACAACUUUUGGAUCCGGCUAAUCUUAACAUGGAACAAGUCGUUUUGCAUGUCACCAAUUAUCAUGGAAAAUGUAUGAUUGAAAAGUUUAGACAAACGUUGAUCACACAAAAGGAUUUUCUUGCUGAAAAUGGUCUUUGGUUGAUGGGAGACAAUGAUUUCACCAACGAUAGUAAUGAGACUACAGCGAUAGUAAACCAGUCACCAACUAGUUCCUCUGUUCAAGCGAAUAUGUCUUCUGCAUUAGUGAUACGUUAUCAACAUCAGAAAUACAUCAGCAUCGAAAUUGACACACGUAGUGGCAAAGUCAAGGCAUUUGAUACGAAUAACGGCUGUGGGGAAACUAAAUUAAGAGGCUUGGAAGAGCGUUUAAACCAUGAUCCUGUCAAUAUUGCACGCCAUCUUGUAUGGUUGAGAUCAGAAGUAGUCAUUCAUGAAGUUAUUUCACUUGCGAAACAGUUGAAUUUACAACCUUUCCACCCUUCACAAAUGAAUUUACGCAUGGAAGAUUUCUCCAGAUUAUUUGAGGAAACUUUAUUAGACAUUCAAUCGACCUCACCAACAACUGAUAGUAGUAGCCAGAAGUAUCCCUCGCAUUGCAUCUUUUUGCAGUUCUCACAGUUUGAGGAUUGGUAUUUGGUUCUAACCAUUUUGAAGAAUAAAUUCAAAACCUGGCUGUGUUGUAUAAGAAAGGCGAGAGAUCAACAGCAUGGCGUUUAUCAAACGAUUGCAGACUUUACUAAUUUUGACACUAAUCAAUUAUGGAAAAGUCAAUUCGUCGAAAAUGCAGAAGGAAGUAAAGGCCCAGAAUUUCACGAGAUCAGUCAUGGUAAUCACUCAGCUUCAACAGCCAACUCGAACAAGAGAGGACUCCAAGAGGAAAAUGAAUGCAACGAUAAUAAAGUGUUGAACAACUGUGAGCAUCAACGAAAUAAUGAAGGUCUCAUCCUGAAGAAGCGAAGAACAUCCAUGUUGAAAGGUUAUCGAAUGAGUGAAUUUAGUCAACAGAAUAACAUUUCGCUAUACUUGCCAAAAAUUGAUUGCCUUUCUAUCAACCUGCGCUUUUUGGCCAAACUUGAUUCAUUAUCACGAGCAUGGAUCAUUAAUCGCAAGAUCGAGCUUCAGAUCCUUUCUUUCAAAGGAUUGCUUACUUAUCAUACUCGCUCGCUCUUAUAUUCUCUUUCCGUCUUAUCCAACAGCAGCAGUGGCCAUAGCGCUAAUGGCAACAACAACAAUUUUGUACAUAGGAAUAACUUUCAGAAUCUCGGGUUAAAUAUUCAAGCAGCUUUAAGCCAUCCCGCUGCCGAUAAGGUGGAAGCGAUAUUUAUACCGCAAAGUGAUUUGUUAAAAGCCUGCACUUACCAUCUCUCGAAUGACGCUGCUUUUUCUUAUCAACAACGUCUCUCAAUAAUGGCUUCUCAGCAACAGCUCCAAGUUCCUAAUACUUCUCCUGCCUCUUCUAUGCUGUUAAAAAGAGAAAAACCUGUUAUGGAAGCUAUCUCCUGGACAGAUCGAUUAUUACCCAGGUUGAAACAUUCGGAUGUUCUGAUUCGCUCUUCAGGCUGGUGGGAUUGUGGUAGACGAAGUGGAGAUUGUUAUGUAAUAGUACAACAAAAACUGAAUGAAAGUAGAAGCGAUGUACGGCAAUUAUUACAAAGUGAUUUGAUAUCUUUGCAAGGAGUUAUUGAUAACGACCUUAAUGGCGAUAAGAAUAAGUUUGAUAAGAAACAGCAACAACAGCGAGAGGAUGAAAAUUUAGGUGAUCAUAUUUCUUUUGACAAAUCGGCAUUGAUUCUAUCUUUUACAUAUUCAAAAAUUGAUACUUGCAUUGAACAAUUCUUACUGGAUUGGGAACGAACUUUUAUGAUGAUGAAUUUGACUCGCCAAAUUGCAUCAGUUUGGUUCCAAAACUACUCGCAGGAUCAACUCCAAUUUAACCCUACCAACCUGCAGGAAUUAUCAUUUACUUAUGCCAGUAAUCUAACAUGCACUAUCAAAUGGUGUUCAUUGGGAAAAGGGUAUACCAGACAAUACAAUAUAGAAUUCGGUAUCAAAAACGAAGAGGAAGAAAAAGAAGAGAAAGUCGCAGAGGAACAAAAUGAUAUAUCAGAAUCGCGAGAAGCUAGAACACAAGAAGCUAAACGGAAAAGAAGGCAUGUGACAAUGAAAGCUUUUCCUGCACUAAGCUCGCGUAAUCCCCAUUGGCGUAUUGCAAAUUUCUUACGAGAUGCCUUGAAUGAAAAACGUGAUCUAAUUCACUUUGUCCAAAUUCUAUUCCAAACACUACCCUUAAUGACGUGCUUAGAACGUUUGGAAGUUAAAUGCGCACAAUCUGGUGAUAUUGGUAAAGUGUCUAUUAUACCUCGCGCAUACGACUCGGUACGCGUUAUCUUUUCAGCUGUUCAUGCUAUCGACAUACAAUUUACAGACACAUCCAUGAUUUGUGUUUCAGAUGCAGCUUAUCAUCGCGAUUUCUACUCGUGCUCAUCUCCCAAACAGGAGCAACAUCCACAAAUGAUGAUGGAUGAUGUCAAUAUGAACACCGGUUCUUUUAUACCUCCACCACCAUAUCUUGUGCCACAUCAACCAUCAACAUUACCCUCACCUCAACUUCAACAGAAUGAAAAUACAAUUGAUGCAUCCUCUGUUACUUCAAAUUCGCAACAUCAGCCAUCCUCUUCCAUUUUAAAACCGAUCAAUGUGGCUCAACAAUUCAAAUUUACACCAUUCGACCAUUUUUCAGAGGCCUUAAAAAGUAUAGAGACAUGGAUUUUUGAUGAAGAGCAGGAUGGAUGCUGUCACGAUCUACGAACCCCAUCAACUAGGCUUGAUGCACUGUAUCCAUCUAUUCAAUUCACUGAUAACCCUUGCGCUUAUCCCAUGCAGCACGGGCUUUUGUGCUCGGCGUCGCUUUGCCAGUGUAUUUUGAACAAAUUGCAAGCGAUGGUGUAA